UGGGGCACAUCGUUCAGCCAUGUUGUGGUUUUGAAUGAGGAAGAAGCGGGAGAUAGUAGUCUUCAACGAGGUUUUUUUUUUUUUUUUUUUUUUUUAAAUUGGGUCCAACCAACGUGUCGUUCAGGAUAUUAAACGAAUUCGUGUGAGACACAACACCAUAACUGGUAUUCUGAACGCACUGGCUGCGACUUUUAACGCCCCUGUAGUAGUUUAGACAUAGUUGUGUAAAUUAGCCGCGUUGCUAUCGACGUCGCUAGCUGGCUAGUUAGCAUUGCUAGCAAUUUGUAGGCUAGUGAAUUCUCCCUUUCGGGACGAUCGCUCAGGGGGAAACUGAAUUAUCCCUCUUUAAGCGUCUCGCUCGAAUGACUCGCGUUAGGUUCAUUUGUGUUGGCUCCAAAGACCGCUAGACUGCAUUCACUUGAAAAUAUUAAAUUGUCAAACCAGCGGCGGGAUUUAGCAAGCUUGAAGCCAUGCUUAAUAAAUUGUACGAAUGGGUCGAGUCCAGCGUUGCCAAUCUUCGCAAUGGUGUUCCAGUUGUGAAACCGUCUCAUACUGACCGGCCACCUGGAGAUGACUACAUCAGGAUGAGACGGAAAAGACCAAUUGAAUGUUUAGAAGACAGGGAAUCAAGCGACCAAGACGAACUGACUGUCAAGAAAUCUCGAAUGGGAGAUCUUAUUGACAUUGUCAAGAUUGCAGCUGAAGGAGUAAAGAAUCGCAGUUCCACUGUGGCGACGUGGAUGAAGAACAGUGUGAGCCCUCCCUUCCAAAACAUGCAGCCUGCAUCCUCUGGCCGUUGUCUUGAACAAGUUCAGCCGCAGCCCUCAACAUCAGCAGCAAGAUUAGCAUCUAUUUUGAACUCCGAAGUAAAUUCCUUGGAUCAGACAUUUGCUGCUCCAGCUACAGCUUCAGAGUGGAAAAUACCCAAAUCAGUUUGCAGGCGGCAAGUGCACAUGAAUCCAACACUUCAGGAAGUCCCAAAGGUAAACGGGCACCCGGGCAGCUGUCCCCCCACCAUUACGCCAAAAUUGCAAACCUCCGCACGGCUCGGCAGACCUAUAAACAUCAGAAAAUAUAGCGCACCAAGUGUGCUUAGCGCAGGGUCCACAGCAAGCAGCUCCCGCACCAGCAUGUAUGAAAGAACAUUUCCAAUCAAAAUACCGCAGAGGCCGUCGCACAGAACUUCAGCCGGCCUCAUGCAUCAAGCAAAAGCCCGUUGCACAGCCCAGGAGUCUGUUGAUUUAGAGGAGAAGGAGGCGUACAGACAGCUUCUGGCCAUGGUCUCAGGUGGUCAGUCUUGUCUUCACAACGGUCACUCACAUCCCAUCAUGAGGUCACAGACAGAUUUCACCAGCUUCCUGAGUCCCAGCCGAAGACUGCUGCACUUCUCUUCCCUCGCCAGUUCAGCGGGAGGGGAUACUUGGGAGGAACUAAGCAGCCCUCCCAGUCCCAGGGAUCAGUGGAGCCAGAGCUCCAGCAACCUUCCCAGCCCCUUGUCUUCCUUAUGGAAGCCAGGGACCCACCAGACAUGGUCUCUGGAUGCUCAACCCUCCCCGUCCGCUCUGCUGGACACCUGCUCUCAGGACACUCAGUCAUCAACCAACGAUGUCGGCUCUGUUAUUAUUGUAAAUGAGCAAAAGAGUCAAAAGCAAGAUUCCUCAAGCAUGCCAUGUUUCCAAGCCGAGUUAUGGAUUAAAGAACUGACAAGUAUUUAUGAUUCUCGGGCAAGAGAAAGGCGAAGACAAAUAGAAGAACAAGAGUCCCUGACUGCCCAGCUGCUGCGACAGCGCCUUUCCGAAGGAGGGCGACCCAGCACAAAUGUGGAGCUUCGUGUUCGAGUACCUUUGGAGAAGGAGAUUCCUUUGACACUAGUUAUAGAAGAGCCCCAGACAUUGGACGAUAAACCAGAAUUCCCAGAACUCACAGAGGAAAUGGAGGCUCAAGUGGACAGGGUGUUAAGAUGCGGGAGUCCCGAUGAAGUAUUUAGCGAGGGUUUUGGCCUCAGUCUGACACGGAAGGAUCUGCAGACUCUGAGUGGUCUCAGCUGGCUGAAUGAUGAGGUGAUCAACUUUUACAUGAAUCUGCUGGUGGAGCGAAGCAAAGGCCCCAAGCUGCCUUCGGUCAACACGUUCAGCACAUUCUUCUAUCCCAAACUGCGCAGUAGCGGCUACUCGGCCGUCCGGCGCUGGACCAAAAAGAUGGACAUCUUUUCCAAAGACAUCCUGUUGGUUCCUGUCCACUUGAGUAUGCACUGGUGCCUCUCUGUGGUGGAUUUCCGCAAAAAGGCUGUCACGUACUUUGACUCCAUGGGAGGAAGCAAUGAUGAAGCGUGCAAGUUGUUGUUUGAUUACCUGCAACAAGAAAGCAAGGACAAAAAGGGCAAAGAACUGGAUACCACGGGCUGGAUUUUACGAAGCAAAAAGCGCAAUGAAAUCCCGCAGCAGAUGAACGGGAGCGACUGCGGAAUGUUUACAUGCAAAUACGCUGAUUACAUUACCAAAGACAAGGCCAUCACGUUCACGCAGAAACAGAUGCCAUAUUUCAGGAGGAGGAUGGUGUGGGAGAUCGUCAAUCGGAAGCUGUUGUGAAAGGGAUUCCGCGGGACACACGUUUGGACUUCUUGCGAUCGGGGACCGAUGCUGCAACUCUUCGUCUUGGCAAAUCUCUCCGAGCACCGCCGGAGAAGCCGCCCCGCCAGCGCGCAGGAGAGAAGAAACGUGAGCGGGACCUCGUAAAGUUUAAACAGCUUUAGCCUGACGGUAGGUUGAGUAAGCGUGACCGUUUGGGAUCACCCAACUUCAGAUGCAAAAUGGCACAGUCAGCAGUGCAAACACAUGAAAUUCUCCAUCUCAUCAACGCUACAUCCAGCAUGGAUGAGCAAAUGCAAUCCAGAUUUGCGAGGGCGGACCAAAGUUUCCCACAGAGUCGAUUUUCACGGGAGCUCACGUGCGGGACGUAAAGAACCUCAAACGCUGCGCGUCGUCGAGGAACUUGGAAGCAUUUUGCUUGGAGACAAACGUCCAAUUGCGCAGGAGUUGGGAUGUUGCGUAGGACAAAUUGAGAAAAGCGUGUUUUGCAAAACCCAUUCGACGGAAUCAUUUACGACGACGAGAUUUUUAGUGUUCACAAUGAUUCCGCCCUCGUGCGACGCCGGCAACAUUUUUCGUAAGCUGGGACAUUUGAACACGUUUGCAAAAGCUAAAUUAGUCACGGCAACCAUUUUGAACAUUAAAAGUCUCGUCCGGUUCGUGUAGUCAAUUGAGUGUGCAAAGUACAACGGAUUUGCACUUCAUUGUAUUUUAUUUUCAUUUUACACAACAUCCCGAGUGGAUUGCAAUUGGCGUUCGUAUGAUCAUAGAAACGUGUAUUGUAAACUUUAUGGCCCACAAAAGUUGUACAUCAUUUGCUUCUUGUAAUAUACACGAUUCCAUUGGCAAAAUCUAUUUUUCUACUUGAUGCUGAGAUGUUUUUGAAUUGGAAUGCUGUUGACCAGCGAGUACGUCGUCCAAAUAUGUCCUUUCUGUCAUCUUAAUAGCUGAAAAUGGAAGUCUUGCGAAAUGUUUGUAAAGUCAUUUUCAAAGUGUAUUUUAUAUGUCAGUCAACAGCAAUUUGGGGGAAUAUUUUAAACUUUGUAUAUAUUUUCCACAUGUAAUUUUUUAAUGUAAGUUUCCUGUAGUAAUAAAUGCUCCUAUAUUGUUCUUUGGCACGAUUGAUUCACUGUACAAAACAUUGUUAUACUGUACGUUAUUUCACGUACACAAUAAGCCAGAGCCACAAAUACGUGAAAUAAAUCCAAAGGUGGCCCUGAAAACA